AUGGCUCCUAGUGGAUACGUCGCUGUCGCUACCAGCGAAAAGAUCGAUACGGAAAAAGGAGAGCUUCUUGAACCAACAAAUCCAAUCUACAUUCUCGCUGCAGAACCAGAAAAGAGGUCAUGCCGAAAAGGACGUGUAUUGAUCCGUAUUGUCGCAUUAGUUUUCGGAUUCUUCUUCGCUGCUCAUGCUUUGAAGGCCAUGCACCAUCGAUGCGCUUCAACCUUCUUUGGGUUUGAAGACAAUGUCAACGCUUGGGAACUUGCUUCUGAAUCCUUUGAAGUCGACCCAGCUACAGUCAAUGCCAUCGACGUUAGUGUCACUGGUGCCGUUCUUGCAAAGAUCAAGACUGAGCUAUCUGAAGACAAGAACAUCGCCGUGUCCUUCAAAGCUCUCUCAAAGAACCCAGCUACCGAAGCCAAUAUCACCGUUACUCACGAGGUCGAUGCUGAAGGAACUCUUCGCAUUGUAGUUGAGGCAAGUCUUGACUAUGCAUCUAUGCAGACUGUCUCUGGCGCAGCUGACAAUGACACCUCCAUCGAAGCCGAUGACGAUGUAGUUGUUGAUCUCACCAUGUAUUUGCCACAAUCAAAGACCAAGGCCGGAACCAAUUUGAAAAUCGUAGCUCCAAAGGCUGGCGUUUCAGGCGGUGACUUGACAAACCUCGCGCUGGGUACCGUUGAUGUGAACGUCAACUCUGGUGCAGUCACCUUCAAAGGUGCCAAGGCACAAGUAUUCAUCUUAGGAGUCCAAAACGGUGGAAUCAACGGAGCAUUCUAUGAUUACUUAUCUUUUUCUGCUGAAGCCGAGAACGGAGCUAUCAACAUUGAUCAAUUACGAAGCAACCAGAACGGGCCUACCAAUGUCCACUUGGCUGUAAAGACUGGUGGUAUCUCCGUCAACAAGGUCGAGUUUGCACAAAAUUACGUGAAUGUCGUCGAUGUCUCUGCUCAAAAUGGAGGAGUCAAGCUCUUUGUCCGUGACUCUUUCCAUGGCGACUUCGAAGUCAAGACAGAGGUCGGUGCCCUCAAGGUCUCGGCUGAUACAUCAGGUCUCGAAAUCACCGAUAACAUUCGAACACCCACUGGAGGUGUCAUUGAAGGCACAUUCCGCAAGAGCGGAUCAGUGGAAGACGGAACCAUCAACGUCUCUGUCGGUGUAGGAGCUGCUGAUGUCAAAUUUACUAGUAACGGCUUUUGA